GAGCCUGCAGCGAUUGAAGGGAUCCGACCGGAACCUGCCCCAGGUGCUGCAGGUGUCGGAGCUGCUGCAAAGGGGCAUCGGGGUCCAUCACAGCGGGGUGCUGCCCAUCCUCAAGGAGGUCGUGGAGAUGCUCUUCAGCCAGGGCCUCGUCAAGGUGCUCUUCGCCACCGAGACCUUCGCCAUGGGGGUGAACAUGCCGGCGCGCACCGUCGCCUUCGACUCCAUCCGCAAGCACGACGGCAGCGGCUGGCGCGACCUGCUGCCCGGCGAGUACGUGCAGAUGAGCGGCCGCGCCGGGCGCCGCGGUCUCGACGCCACCGGCACCGUCAUCAUCCUCUGCAAGGGGCCGGUGCCCGACAUGGCCGACCUGCACCGCAUGCUCAUGGGCCGCCCGGCCCCGCUCUGCUCCCAGUUCC